UUUGAAGCAGACUACAUCUUAAUUGCAGUCUGGUCGAUCUUCAAGGUCGUAGGCCGCGCGAGGCGGGAAAUCGUACUGUAUCGGACUACCCCCCAUGUCGAACGCAAGGAAUCGAAAACGCCCGCGCACUGACAACAAAGACCAUGUUGGGCAGCCCAUCGAAACAAGUCAGGGCUUUACUCCAGACAAAGAAGUAUAUUUUGCCGACGGCAACAUCGACGUUAUAGCGGAGAGGACCGCUUUUCGCGUACAUCGCGGCGUGCUCUCCGCUCACUCCGAGGUCUUUCAAGACAUGUUGUCGAUCCCUCAACCGGAAAGCACGGGUCAUGGCCAUGACGUGCCGAUCGUAGAAGUCACAGACGCCGCUGACGAGAUGCGGCACUUGCUCCUCGUUCUCUACUAUCGCAAUGAAGACUUCAGGUCGCAGAAACCAGCAAUCUUUGGCGUGGCUAGCUGCCUCGUCCGCCUGGCACACAAAUAUCAGAUCCAGAGUGUACUGGACGACGCAAUGGGUCGCAUCAAAGGAUUUUACCCGUCGGACCUGGACGACUUCAAGAAGGUUUUCGAUCGACAAGCUGCGAACACUGCCUUGAUUCAUGCCGAACCCGAUUGCAUGGAGGUCGUCAAGCUCGCACGGCUCGUUGGAGACAUAUCGCUACUACCAGCAGCAUUCUACCGCUGCUGCCAGCUUUCGCCGAGCUUCCUGCUCGGAAAGCAACCCGACGGAACGUUCUCGAAUUCGCAUCGCCUCCCGGACGAGGACAUCGGGCGGUGCAUGGCAGGCAAGGCUUACCUGACAAGUGCACGAUCGUUUGUACUGCAUGAAAUGCGGGGAAAGGGUCGGUCGGUCGAUUGUGAUCGAGAAGACUCAUGCGACCAAGCUUUCGACAAUAUGUUGGGUGAGUUGGACUUAGCACCGUCGGCUUCCCCGCACCGGUGGUGCAACCCUUUCGAAGUCGGGGACAUGCCCUACUGGAGUGAGGUGCUGUGUGGGUCUUGCGGAACAGUCGUCAAAUACAGGCUGGACCAUGCAGAACAGACCGUAUGGAGCACGCUCCCAAGAGUUUUCGAUCUGAAGGAGUAGUACCAGCAAGUGGGCCGCCCUUUCGAGGCCGUGCAUCCGGAACAAUCUGUGUAACGACAAGUGCACAUGCGUUUGGGCUGGAGAGCCUUCUACUACUAUUCAAACAUAGUGAUACUGGCAUCUGCAGCAUGAAUCACCGUGACGACCGUCUGUCGACUUCUAACAGUCGCGUGAAGGUUGUCGUAUGAACUCUAUUUGUACCGGUGUAGCCCGUUGAACUGUGUAUUAACAUUGCGGCUGCUUCCAGUAUGUCUUAAACAUACUCUAAACACGAUCUUUCUGAGGAAAGGGAGUUCCGGUUGUACAGACCGCGUCACAAACGAGAACGAGAAGAAUUCGGAUGAUGAAUAUGUAGGUCGGCUCAGCCUGUACGAUCACGUGCCCGCGUUAUGCACC